AUGGGUAGCAUAACGGCUGUUGUUCCAAUAACGUUUUUAUUAGCCAAACCAGUUUUUGGAUUCAUCGCGGAUUAUUUUUACGAAAAAAGAAAAUUAAUAUUUAUCAUUUUGAUAAUAAGCAUGAGCGUUUUUUAUUUGGGUCUAUAUUUUAUACCACCUGUUAACAUAGAAUUAGAAUAUAACGAAUUUAAAACUAAUUAUUCUACAAAUAAAUUUUGCCAAGAGAAUUCGGAAAACGUUACAAAUGAUUAUGUCAUAAAAGACGUUAAAUGUCAAGUAACUUGUUACGACGAUUCAACUGGAAAUAAAUGCAACUUAUUAGGCAUAAAUACAAACAAAACAUUUUGCUAUGAAAAUUUAAAUGUUGAUAAUUGUCAUUGGUUCCAAGUACCUUUAAACUGUCAUAAAGAUUGUCUCCUUAAUGUUAAUAAUAAUAAUAAUAAUAGAGAUGGACGAGAAAAUCAAUAUGGCUACCAAAGAGUUUGGGGAACCAUCGGUUUUGGUAUUACUGCUUUUUUAGGAGGUGCCGGAAUGGAUAUUUGGUCUGGAGAAGGUGUUAAAAAUUAUAAGCCGGCUUUUUUAAUAGUAUUAGCAUUUACAAUAUUCGAUGUUGCCUGCUGUACAAAAUUAAAGCUUCCGAAAAUGAAAAUGUCAAAUAAUAUAUUAAAAGAUCUUGGAAAAGCAUUGCAAACGAAAGCUCUUUCAAUAUUUUUAAUUUUUGCCGUUUUAGUAGGAAUAUUGGACGGUUUUAUUAUUUACUUCAUGUUUUGGUUUUUGGAAGAUUUGGCCGCGGAAAAAAAUCAAUUAAAACACAUAAAAGUUUUAGAAGGUUUAACCGUGGCAGCAGAAACUCUAGGAGGAGAAAUUAUUUUUUUCGUUUUAUCGGGGAAAAUAUUAAAAAAACUCGGCUAUGGUCACACAUUAACAUUAUGCUUUUUUAAUUACGCACUCAGAUUAUUUUUAAUAUCUAUGAUAACAGAACCCUGGUGGAUUUUGCCUGUUGAACUUUUAAUGCAGGGUCCAACAUACGCUCUUUGCUAUACCACAAUUGUAGGAUAUGCCAAUGCUAUAUCACCUCCUGGAUUGUCAGCAACCAUGCAGGGUGUUGUAGCUGGAAUGGACGAUGGUUUCGGAUAUUCUCUAGGAAGUCUCAUCGGUGGAUUUUUGUAUAAAUCCGUAGGAGGUCGAAUAGCUUUUCAAUUAUUUUCAGGUCUUGCUUUGAUCUGUUGUUUAACUCACAUGAUUUUGUACAAAACCAUGUUAAGUAAAACAUACAAAGGUACUUCUACAAAUAAUAAACGUACACAAGAGGAAGGAAUAAAAUUAAAUCAAGUGCGUCGAUAA